GUUUUUUUCUGACAAUGCUUUUUUGAAAAAAAUAAUUACACUACUCAUUGUUGGGGUCAUUCUCUGUCAUCUGGAAAAAGGAUUUCAAACGCUUGAUAUCAGGAAGUAUCUUUUUUUUUGGAAGAACAUCCAUGUUCAAUCAAGCAGAGACCAGAUUUUCUAUUUUCUGUGGCAGGUGAAAGUCAAAGUUGUCACAAAGGUCAAUGUAGAAGACGUAGAGUUGUCAGUUGUUGACAAAGAGCAGAACAUCAAAUCCAAGACUCUCAGUGUCAAGUAUCCUACUGCUAUUACCAGCGUGAUUGAAGCCGACUACCAUCAGAAAGUGGUGAUGAAGUUUUCACUGAAGAGUGAAUCAUCUGGAGAACUGUUCACUCCUCAUCAGGCUUUUGUUAGGCUCACCAAUCAGAAAACAAAGCAAGAAAUUUUCUUUGUUGCUGAGCCGGAGCCGAGCAAGGUGUUCAAGUUUGAUUUGGAUGUUGGUGCCACUGCCAAAGACUCCUUUGGUUCACUUUCUGGAAAAUACAAGAUGGACCUCAUUGUUGGAGAUGCUGUCAUUCAGAAUCCUUUUGAGUGGAAUGUUGGUGUUCUGUCAUUAACAUUUGGUGAAGAUGCAGCCAAGCCAAGCAAGGACAAGGACGCCAUGUACAGUGCUAGACCUAAAAUCGAGCACAUGUUCCGCAUUCCAGAGAAGCGUCCUCCAAAGGCUGUGUCCACCGCCUUCACUGUACUUGUUUUCCUUCCACUCGUUAUUAUGCUUAUUGUGUGGAUCAAGCUGGGAGCGAACCUAUCGAAUUUCCAGUUUUCUCUUGGAUCAAUUGUCUUCCACUUAGGACUGGGUGGUAUAUUUGUACUAUACUACUGUUUCUUUGUCAGCCUGAACAUGUUCACCACUCUUAAAAUCUUGGCUCUUAUUGGUGGCCUCACGUUCCUUGGCGGCAACAGUCUCUUGAGUAACAUCGCAGCCCGCAGGGGAAAACGUCCUGCGAUGUAAAAGAAUUAGGCUUGCUUUAUAUUGUUCAUUUUUACGAAGUGCUCAUUGUUCAAUAAAGUAAUUCUUUAAAAUAAUGAUAA